CUCAAGGAACAUAUGACUCCCUGGGAUUGGCCGGGUGUAUGGAAGAAACUGGUCUCCAGGGUAUGAGAUCUACCUGGUGUGGGAGCGCAUUCUGAGCCUGCGUCUAGAUCUCAAAGACUCAUGGCAGAGCUGUCGGCGUAACCUAGAGUAUGCGAUAGCGGGGAAACCCCGAGAGACGGGAGCCAUCUUGACCAAACGGAUCCGGGUCGGGACUACGUUUCCCAGAGGGCCCCGCGGGAACAGGGCCACCUCUACACUAGCCUGUGGAACCCUGGGCCUCCCAGGAAGGUGGAGUGCCAGGUGAGCCGCCUUGGUUUUGGGAGCUUGCCCAGGUUUCUCAGCUCUUCUUCUCAAGAGGUCCUCAGAAGAAGGAGGAAUGGCUGUGGACCAAGCCAAAUACAAGGAAUCAAUGAUAUUCAGGGAUGUGGCCAUAGAUUUCUCUCAGGAGGAGUGGGAAUGCCUGGACCCAGCUCAGAGGGACUUGUACAAACAUGUAAUGCUGGAGAACUACAGCAAUCUGCUAUCAGUGGGACUUUACAUACCUAAGCCUCAUGUUAUCUCCUUAUUGGAACAAGGGAAAGAGCCCUGGAUGGUUGGCAGAGAACUGACAAGAGGCCUGUGUUCAGAUCUGGAGUCAAUGUGUGAAACCAAGUUAUUAUCUCUAAAGAAGGAAGUUUAUGAAAUAGAAUCAUGCCAGAGGGAGAUAAUGGGACUUACAAAGUAUGGCCUUGAGUAUUCUCAUUAUAGAGAUGUUUUGGAAUAUGGCAGCCACCUUGAAAGACAACUGGGAUAUCAGAAUGGUCAUUUCAGCCAAGAAAUAUUUACUCAUAGAUAUAUGCCCGCAUAUAUUCAACAGACAUUCUUUACUUUGCAUCAAAUAAUUAAUAAUGAAGAGAAACCUUACGAAUGCAAGAAAUGUGGGAAAGUCUUUAAUCAGAAUUCACAAUUUAUUCAACAUCAAAGAAUUCAUAAUGGUGAAAAAUCUUAUGAAUGUAAGGAGUGUGGGAAAUUCUUUAGCUGUGGCUCACAUGUUACUCGACAUCUGAAAAUUCAUACUGGUGAAAAACCGUUUGAAUGUAAUGAAUGUGGAAAGGCCUUCAGUUGUAGCUCAUACCUUUCUCAACAUCAGAGAAUUCAUACUGGUAAGAAACCCUAUGAAUGUAAGGAAUGUGGGAAAGCCUUUAGUUAUUGCUCAAAUCUUAUUGACCAUCAGAGAAUUCACACUGGUGAAAAACCCUAUGAAUGUAAAGUAUGUAGGAAAGCUUUUACUAAGAGCUCACAACUUUUUCAACAUGCCAGAAUUCAUACAGGUGAGAAACCCUACGAAUGUAAGGAAUGUGGCAAAGCUUUUACUCAGAGCUCAAAGCUUGUUCAGCAUCAGAGAAUUCAUACUGGUGAAAAACCCUAUGAGUGUAAGGAAUGUGGCAAAGCCUUCAGUAGUGGCUCAGCACUUACUAAUCAUCAGAGAAUCCACACUGGGGAAAAACCCUAUAAUUGUAAGGAAUGUGGCAAGGCUUUUACUCAGAGCUCACAACUUAGACAACAUCAGAGAAUUCAUGCUGGUGAGAAACCUUUUGAAUGUCUCGAAUGUGGGAAAGCCUUUACUCAGAACUCACAACUUUUUCAACAUCAGAGAAUUCAUACAGAUGAAAAACCAUAUGAAUGUAAUGAAUGUGGAAAGGCUUUUAAUAAAUGCUCAAACCUUACUCGACAUUUGAGAAUUCAUACUGGUGAAAAGCCCUAUAACUGUAGGGAAUGUGGGAAGGCAUUUAGUAGUGGGUCAGAUCUCAUUCGUCAUCAGGGAAUUCAUACUGAUGAAUAAUGAAAGUUAAAGCUCUUCCUAAUAUUCUUUUUUUUGAAAUAUAUUUUAUUGAUUUUUUACAGAGAGGAUGGGAGAGAGAUAGAGUUAGAAAC